GAGACCUUCGACAGCAGCCAUGAAGCGGACGCUGAAGAACUCACUGCAAGGAGCUUUCAGGAUAUUACUCUACUAAAGAAUCUGCAUUUAUGUUUUAUACAAAAUAAGAAACUCCUAGUUUUCACUGCAGUGGUAGAGUUUGGAUACAGCAUGGGUCAGAACCAGCAGAUACAAACGCAGGAACCAGAGCUGGAGCUGAACAGCAUCCAGGACCUCUACAACACAUACAUCACGGCGUGUCCGAGUGGAUCACUGUACCUGCACGAGUUCAAGAGGAUGUUUGGAGUAAAGAAUGGGACGCCUGAAUCCCAGUACAUGGACAACAUCUUCCGAGCAUUUGACAUGAAUCAUGACAACACGAUGGAUUUCAUAGAGUACGUGGCCGCUCUUCAUCUUGUUCUGCGCGGACGACUUGAAGACAAGCUGCGCUGGUCGUUCAAGGUGUUCGACAGCGAUGACAACGGCCGUCUGGACAGAAAAGAAAUACACAAGAUUGUAAAGAUAAUCUACAAGAUAAAGAAAGGCUCCGUGUCUGACGAAACGGGAAAGGAAAAACUCACUGCGGAGGAGGCGUGUGACCGCAUCUUUCAAGAGGUCGAUGUGGACCAUGACGGUCAGAUUACACUGGAGGAGUUUGUGGAGGGUUCUCAGAGAAGUCCGUGGCUGCAGAGCUUCCUACGUCUCGACGUCAAUCCUUGUGGAUGGGUCCAGAAGUACUUGUCCGACCGGCAACUCAUGAGUGCCAAGGAUCCCUGAAGGAGUUCAGUAUAUUCAGCCUGCACAAUGGAAAGGAACCUCAUUGUGAAGUUUCUGGGAAACACUAAAGUACUGUGACAAGACUCCUCCUGCCUUCACUGACAAACCAGCAUAAUGACUAUGAGCUAAUUAUUUUUAAUUUAUUCCCUCUUGGACCUGGACACACUGAACAUUUUGACAUGAAGGAAAAACAAUCUUCUUUUUUCAGAAAUGUGUUUUCUGUGGCACAAGGAAUAUCAUUUAAUCUGCGGCCUCGCAGAAGGCGUCUGAAGGACUUCAGCAACAUCUAGGGGUCGUAUUAAAAAUAACACUUGGCCAAUGAAAUGGAGAGAUGGACUGAAGCAUUUAUUUCUUACAAGCAAUAAGUUGUUCACUCGAAAGAAAGAAAGAAAAGAGAAAUCAAGGAAACUGUUCUUAUAAUAUCAGGAUCAUCACAGAAUUAUUUUUUUCUACACACAAUACAGUGAAAAGUAGCCUACUGCCCUCUGCUGGUUUGUCUCUGACAUUACUCCCUAAUAGUCCCAGGUCUUGAUAAAUGUCAUGUCAACAGACUGUCUCCAGUGUGUUUGUGAGUGUUGUUUGUUUAACAGAUUAAAGACAAAUCAAAGAGUUUUUUUUAUUCUAAACACAAAACAUUUUUCUCUCUGGAUUAAACCACUGAAAGAUCAACAGGGAAAUCUACACCUGUUACAUUCAGACUCGUUUUUAUAAAUGUGAUCAAUACAGUGGGUCACGUUCCUCGGAUUAGUCCAGUUUGGUACCGACUGAAAUCCACCUCUGUUUCCUGAUCCUCUGUUUUCCAUCCACUUG